UUUUUUUUUUUGAAAAUUUUCUCUCGACAACUAAGCAUCAAUGUCAGUCCACGCGCAUUUACAGCGCGUGAUCCCGCGUUUGGAAGGGAAGAAAAGGAAGCAGAGAAUCCGAAGUGAAAAAGCAAGAGACCUCUUCUCUUCUAAAACCCGUUUCUUCUUCGUCUUCUUCCUCUCUCCUUAUCUCUCCGUCGCAGUGUGGAGAGAGAAAGGAACAUUCUUGGACUCCAUGACUCAAUCUUUCGAGAAGCUUCGCCUUUUCCGUAGAAUGCAAAACCAUUAGCACACGAAAAGUACUGAUCUUUACCUUUUAAUUUUUCUAUUCUCUUUCGUUUUUAAGAAUAUCAGAAUCGAAACAGGGAGAGAUCUUAAGAAAUCGCGUUUCCUGCUAAUGCCGUCGCGUUCUCCUCCAAACGCUGCGGUUUUACCGGUGGUCGCGUGUUUGGUGCUUCUGUCGGAGUUUGUUGUCGGAAUACGAACGAUUCCGGGCAGGAUUGUCGGCGGCGGCGGAGGAAAUGGGUUUGACCUGGGGCCGUACACGGAGGCUCCGGAUUACAGGAACGGCAAGGAAUGCGUGCCGUCUUCGGUCUAUAGGGAGAACUUCGUGUCGUCCUGCGACCCAUCGCUCAUCCACAUCGCUAUGACUUUGGACUCGGAGUAUCUCCGUGGAUCGAUCGCCGCCGUCCAUUCCGUCCUCCGCCACGCGUCCUGCCCGGAGAACGUCUUCUUCCAUUUCAUUGCGGCUGAGUUCGACUCGGCCAGUCCACGCGUCCUGAGUCAACUCGUUCGGACGACUUUCCCGUCGCUGAAUUUCAAAGUCUACAUUUUUCGGGAGGACACAGUCAUUAACCUCAUCUCGUCGUCGAUCCGACAAGCCCUUGAGAACCCGUUGAACUACGCACGGAACUAUCUCGGUGACAUCCUGGAUCGGUGCGUCGACCGAGUGAUUUACCUUGACACGGACGUGAUAGUGGUCGAUGACAUCACCAGGCUGUGGAAGACGACGUUGACCGGGUCACGGGUCAUCGGAGCUCCGGAAUACUGCCAUGCCAACUUCACCAACUAUUUCACGGCCGGGUUCUGGUCCGACCCGAGACUUUCGCGGGUCUUUUCAGGUCGAAUCCCUUGUUAUUUCAACACUGGAGUGAUGGUGAUGGAUCUGGUGAGAUGGAGAGAAGGGAAUUACAGGGAAAAGCUCGAGGCUUGGAUGCAAUUGCAGAAGAAAAGGAGGAUCUACGAUCUGGGUUCAUUGCCGCCAUUCUUGCUGGUGUUCGGUGGAAAUGUGGAAGCCAUAGAUCACAGAUGGAAUCAGCACGGACUCGGAGGGGAUAACGUACGGGGAAGCUGCCGGUCGCUGCACCCUGGUCCGGUCAGCUUGUUGCAUUGGAGCGGGAAAGGGAAGCCAUGGGUGAGGCUUGACGAGCAGAGACCUUGCCCGCUCGACCAUCUGUGGAAACCGUACGAUCUGUACAAUCACAAGAGUGAAAGAGCCAAUGAUCAAUCUCUUCUGGAUUCGAGCUUUUUGUGAGACCGAUUCGUAUUCUUUUUUUGCUUUUGUGUAUUAUUAUUACAUUGUUGAGGAGAUUCUUUGAUUGCUGGUGUAAUGAUCGAUUUGAGAGGGAGGGACUGUGGAGAUUUUGGCAUUCUUUGCUUCAUAUCAUGUUGUUGUAUUGUUAUGUUUUGCAUAGAGAAAACGUCAUCUCAAUUCCUAAUG